CAUACUCUUCUUCAUCUCUGGCCGGUGAAGAUUAAAGACAGUCAGAGUUUUGUCACGGUAAUAAUGGCUCCUCAGUACGCCCCCAGUCUCCGCUCAAGACUUCCUCUGGUGGCCUUCCUCCUGGAAACCAUCUUUAUCCUACUGUUUGUCUUUUUUGUGAAAAUCGAGCAGCAUGAGUCUGACAGUAAGCUUUUCAUCCGCUCAUAUGCAGAAUUCCAAGAUAUUCAUGUGAUGAUAUUCAUGGGGUUUGGAUUCCUGGCCACGUUCCUUGUACGAUAUGGUUUCAGUGGAUCAGGGUUUAACAUGCUGUUAGCAGCCAUGGCCAUCCAGUGGGCCGUCUUGAUGAAUGGCUUCCUGCUGCCACAACGCCACCACAGACGAGAGAUCCACAUCAGUAUGAAGAGUGUGAUUGAGGCAGAGCUCUGUGCAGCAUCCGCUCUGGUUGCAAUGGGAGCAGUCCAUGGGAAGACAAAUCCUGUCCAGCUUUUACUAAUGGCUCUGGUGGAGGUCACUGGAUUUGUGAUCAAUCAGUGGAUCCUGCGAACUCUGCUCCAUGCAGAUCAGCUGUACAGCAUCAUGAUGCUGCAUAUCUUCGGGGCUCUUUUUGGUGUGAUGGUGUCAUGGGUGCUGUACAGAGAGGGAAUCAAUCCAAAACAUGAGAAAGAAAAAAAUGACCGCAGCACUGGCUUAUUCGCAAUGUUUGGAACACUGUUUCUGUGGAUGUUCUGGCCCAGUUUUAACUCAGCACUGGUGUCUCACAGGGUGGAGAAAGAACUGAAACUCACUGUGAUAUAUGGGACGUAUCUGUCUCUGGCCGUCAGUGUUGUCAUUGCGAUGUCUGUUUCCAUGCUCACCAGCUGCAAAGGAAAGAUGAACAUGGUUCAUAUCCAGAGCUCUGCCUUGUCUGGUGGUGUUGCCAUUGGAGUUGCCAUGACGGCAGUCCACGCGCCAUGGAUUGCAAUGCUGAUUGGUUUCUGUGCCGCUCUCGUAUCAGCCCUGGGAUUCAAGUACAUGAAGGAUCACAUGUUGUUUGCUUUUGAGUGUCAUGACACCUGUGGCGUCCUCAAUGUGCACGCCAUACCGGGAAUCCUGGGAUGGUUCGCUCAUUUAUUUAUACGGCUGGCCAGUACUGAAAGCACAAUAGCUGUGCGGUUUGCUGUGUAUCACAUCUGUGUUCUCCUCAUAACACUGUGCAUGAGUCUGGUGAUGGGAACAGCUACAGGACUUUUCCUUAAAUGGAGUUUCUGGAGACCCCAGCAGGACAGGAAGUGCUUUGAUGACCAGGCAUUCUGGGAGUUUCCAAAUUUGGUGGUACAUGUAUGAAGAACAUUGUGGACACAUCGAAAAGAGAACUCAUAAAUGCAAUUAACAUAAAAUCUGUGUUUGAGAAGUCACAGGUUGCUUAAGUAAACAAUUUACAAUAUAAAAUAUCCUCAAAACAACAACGGCAAAGAAUUUUCCAAGCCCGUGGCUGGAGAAGUUUGGUGAGCUGAUAUACCACCAACUAAUUUAAUAUAUAAAAAUAACCUGAUGGCUAACCUAUAGUCCAUAAACCCAUUAUUCAUCUGUAUUUGAACAUAGUGAAAGAAAAUAACACUGGCUCUGUACAUAUUUACAAUAAUUUUAUUCAUUUGAAACCCACAGUUGAAUGAAGUUUAGCUACUUUUUGUCAGAAAGAGAGGCAUGGAUUACAUUAAAAUGUUACAUUCUUUUAGCAUGUAGAAAUCACAGACUCUCUAAUUUGUCAGUUAAUAGACGAGUCAAAAUCUUUGACUGACGUCACCUUAUUCUCCCAUAACCACUGAAAUAAUAAGAAAUUGUGCUUUUUUAAAACCAUUAACAUUUUUAUACAACUCCCACAUGCCCAAGCAUACACAUAGAGAGUGACCUUAAUGCUCCAGAACACACAAAAUAUAUAACCAGGGUUCCCACAGUCGAGGAAAAUAUGCUGUUUGGUUUUACUAGUCGCACAAAAAUUAAACACUUCAUCUUUAAAAAAAAAAAAAAAAA